CCCGGAAGAAAAAAAAAAAAAAAAAAAAACCGAAUUUGCAGAUCCCCCUCAGAUCUCUGAUUUAGAUCCCAACCAAACUUUGAUUUGAUCUCCAUUAUUCAAUCAUUCAGAAGGAGGAGAAUGAGUGGUGGGAGUCAGUUAUUCGAGUAUUUCGUGGUAUGUGGAAUAGGUGCAGAAAUUAGAACAUUAGACGACGAAAAAGGUUUUUACGGAACCUCUGUUUUCUAUUUAGCUUCUUUACUUGAUCAAUACCCCCCGCCAACUCACACUCUCUAUCCUCCUCCACCUCCCCAGCUUCCCACUUGUGUUUUACCUGCUGGUGUGGAGUUCUAUACUACUGGUUAUGAUUCCGCAAAUCCGUUAUCCUUUCCCCGUAGUUAUCCUAUCGUUUUAACCGAGGGUGAUGGUUCUAAAAUUUAUGUCUAUUGCAUCGCUUUUCGAGAUCCUGUUUGUGACGAUAUUGCAGAAGCUUAUCACAUUCCUGCAAAUUCAUUUGCCGACAAAUGUAUCUGUUUGGUUUCACGUGCUCCCAGUUUUCAUAUUCUGCGUGAAGUACUAGAGGAAAUAUAUCUUCUUUGCUUUUCCUCGAGUGGAAGUUGCAAACCAUUAUGGGAUGUUAUUGCUCAUAUUGUGUCCAAUGUACCCUUGCCCACUCCUGGAAAAGAGCGUGUUCUCUUUGCCAUUGAGAAUAGCUUGCUUUCAGUCGACUUUCCAUCAAAAGAUGGGCUUCCCCAUGCAGAUAUUUCCUUCCAACCACUGAUGCAGUGCUUGGAUGUUGACAAUUUCAUUAAACUGUUUACAGCUGUUUUAAUCGAGAGAAGGGUUUUGCUUCGAUCAAAUAAAUACUCUCUUCUAACACUUGCUUCUGAAGCUAUAUGCCAUCUCAUUUAUCCAUUCCGGUGGCAGCAUGUCUACAUUCCGUUGCUAUUUUUCAGUGGAGUAGACUAUAUUGAUGCUCCUACACCAUAUAUGAUGGGACUUCCUUCAGGUGUUGAUACUACUGGUCUUUCAAUGGACGGCGUAGUGGUUGUUGAUCUUGAACAUAAUUGCAUCACAACGUCCGAGGAAAUACCUCCAUUACCAGAGCCAGAAAAUAGUUCUUUACGUAAUGAAAUUCUGAAGUUAUUACACCCAAAUGUCGUUUGGAUAGACUCAAUGAAGGUUGAUCUUGAGUCAUAUGAGCAAUUUGCAAGAUUUAGCAAGGGCUGGUCACCAGAGAAUGAUAUUCAACUCAGGAUCAUUUUCCUGAAAUUUUUUGCUUCAAUCCUGGGAGGCUACCGCAACUUCAUAGAAAACACCGCAAAUCAAGUGUUCAACACACAGGCAUUUUUGAAGAAGCGCUCCCGUUCAACUCAAAAACCGAUAGAUGAAAUGGUAACUCAGUUUCUAGAGUCUCAAGGUUUCUUGGAUUACUUAGAAAGAGGUUUAGGUUCUGGUGAGAACGGUAAUAAUCUUCUUGAUAAAUUACAAGAUGCAAUCGGACGAGGUCAAAAUCCUUUUUCGAUUUUACCAUCAGCCUCAGCAGAGCCUGAGAUUAUAACCAUAUUAGAUGAGGGUGUGGGAAUAUCAGAAUCUGGUGCCAAAUACACUUAUGACAGGUUCCCUGCCAACUACAGAUCUGAAGAGCAAGAGGAGAAAAGGAAGCAGAUACUAUCCGCAGCUAGUGGAGCUCUUGAGUACACUGUAAAGCAUGGCGCAAGGUCACCUUCAAUGCACAAUGGAGACUCCAAAGGAGAAAGUCUUAGUCCUAGAGAAAGGGCUGCUGAACGGGAGCGCAUGGUCUUGGAUAUCAAAGUGAAGCUGCAGGGUUUGUGGCUACGUCUUCUGAAAUUGGGAGCCACUGAUGAUCCACUUUCAUCAUUUGAAUACGGAACAAUACUUGCUUUGAUAGAAAUUGAUGCAGAGGGGAUUGGUGGUAGUGGCUUUGUUGAAUGUAUAAGGGAACAUAUUCACUCGGGUUGGAAAGGGCAUCUGACUGAAGAGCAGUUUAUUGCAGUGAAAGAACUGUUAAAAACCGCAAUCACCCGUGCUACAUCACGGAAUGAUAUAGCAACUAUCAGAGACGCCCUCGAAGUUUCAGCUGAAAUGUACAAGAAAGAUAGAAACAAUGUUGCAGAUUAUGUUCAGCGACAUCUGCGUUCCCUUGCCAUCUGGGAAGAGUUACGCUUCUGGGAUGUAUACUUCGAGUAUCUUAUGGAAUGCUUUUCAAACAAGUCAACAAACUAUGCGGCUUUGGUCACUGCCCAACUAAUCAUAUUGGCUACACAUAUGGCUGGUUUAGGUCUUCCUGACACGGAUUCUUGGUAUAUCAUUGAAACAAUUGCAGGGAAGAACAACAUUGGUUACAGUCAUAUCAUAAAGCUUAGGGGAUACAUGUCACAUAUCCAGCAACUAUGUGUCGGAUACUGGGGUAUCUAUUCAGUCAAAUCUCAAAAUCUCUCCUCUCUGGCAUUGCCUUCCCCACGCCCCCAAGAUGUUAUAACAGACAAUCAACAACCUGCCGAGGCAUCUGGUAGGAGCUGGGUACAGAGCAUGUUUAGCAGGGAUACUACUUUAAGGGCCAACUCAUUCACCCGUGUGCCUAAAAGUGAGAGUGGUACUACUGGCCAACCUAAAGUACAAUCUAGUAUCCGGACACUUAGGGGCCAUAAUGGAGCUGUCACUGCAUUGCAUUGUGUGACACAAAGAGAAGUUUGGGACUUGGUUGGUGACCGUGAAGAUGCAGGCUUUUUUAUAAGUGGAAGUACAGACUGCACGGUUAAGAUUUGGGAUCCUAGUCUUCGUGGUAAUGAACUCAGGGCAACUUUAAAGGGCCAUACUAGGACUGUGAGGGCAAUUAGUUCUGAUCGGGGGAAAAUUGUAUCAGGAUCUGAUGAUCACUAUGUGCUUGUAUGGGAUAAACAGACAACACAGCUUCUAGAAGAGCUGAAGGGCCAUGAUGCCGAGGUUAGCUGUGCUCGCAUGUUAUCUGGGGAGCGUGUGCUGACUGCAGCAUAUGAUGGAACAGUAAAAAUGUGGGAUGUAAGAACCGAUACAUGUGUUGCUACUGUGGGCCGUUGCUCCAGUGCUGUUCUUUGCAUGGAAUAUGAUGACUCUACCGGAGUCCUCGCUGCAGCCGGAAGAGAUGCGGUUGCAAACAUAUGGGACAUACGAUCUGGUCGACAAAUGCACAAGCUUUUAGGACACUCCAAAUGGAUCCGGUCGAUAAGAAUGGUUGGGGACACUGUAAUCACGGGUAGUGAUGACUGGACUGCCCGAAUGUGGUCCAUAUCUCGAGGAACAUGUGAUGCUGUAUUGGCUUGCCAUGCUGGCCCUGUUCUAUGUGUUGAGUACUCAAAGUCGGAUAGAGGAGUAAUUACUGGUUCAAGUGAUGGUUUAGUCAGAUUUUGGGAAAAUGAGGAUGGAGGACUGAAAAGUUCAAAAAAUGUGACGAUUCAUGGCGGCGGUGUUUUGUCCAUUAAUGCUGGUGAGAAUUGGUUGGGAAUCGGUGCUGCGGAUAAUACAAUGUCUCUCUUCCAUCGGCCUCAAGAAAGAUUAGGUGGAUUCUCUGGCACUGUUUCUAAGAUCUCUAGCUGGCAGCUCUAUAGAACACCACAAAAAACAGUAGCAAUGGUAAGAUGUGUCGCGUCAGAUCUUGAACGGAAAAGGAUAUGCAGUGGUGGACGUAAUGGGCUUCUCAGACUCUGGGACGCAACAAUCAAUAUUUAGAUUCUUGUGGGUAAUUACAAUCAUAAUAUAAAGGAUACUGAAUUUUCUUAUUAGCCGAGCAGUUGAGGUGGGUUGAGGUGGGUGGUAUGAAUAUUUGUUGUGGUGCUACUGUAUAAUAGCUUCAUAGGCAUAACAUUAGUUGUGUUGUACACUUGUAUGUAGUAUAUUCUUUAUUAGCACUAUUUAACAAGUUUCUGGUUGCUACUA